GAGACUGACGGCAGUGAUGCUCAGAACGAGUAGCCAUUAUUGACUUCACAAAUAAUUAAUUUCAGAAAGAAGGUCUUGUAAUAUCGGUCGAGGUUUACUGUUUUCAUUAACAUUUGGCUCAUAUCACAGUUUGUUUUAUUUAUUUAUUAGUGGGUAGCACAGCCUACAUGGAUUUAUACGGAAAGAUGUCUGCCACUCAGGGGACCACUCAAGGGAAGGAGGGCGGGGACCAGAACUUUGAUUACAUGUUCAAGCUGCUGAUCAUUGGGAACAGCAGUGUGGGUAAAACCUCCUUCCUUUUCCGCUACGCUGACGACGCCUUCACCUCAGCCUUCGUCAGCACUGUGGGCAUCGACUUCAAAGUCAAGACUGUCUACAAGAAUGACAAGAGGAUCAAAUUGCAGAUCUGGGACACGGCGGGACAGGAGCGGUACCGGACCAUCACCACUGCUUACUACCGCGGAGCCAUGGGCUUCAUCCUUAUGUAUGACAUCACAAACGAGGAGUCCUUCCAUUGUGUGCAGGACUGGUCGACCCAGAUUAAGACCUAUUCGUGGGACAACGCCCAGGUGGUGUUGGCUGGGAACAAAUGUGACAUGCAGGAGGAGAGGGUGGUGGCUGCAGACAGUGGGAGACAACUGGCAGAACAACUGGGUUUUGAGUUCUUUGAGACAAGUGCCAAGGACAACAUCAACGUCAAGCAGACCUUCGAGCGCCUCGUUGACAUCAUCUGUGACAGGAUGUCCGAAAGCCUGGACACUGACACCGCCGUUACCAUGGGAACACCCAGCGCCAAACUGACAGACAGCGCCCCGCCCCUCCAGCAGCCCGCCUGCAACUGUUAGUGGCUCCUCCCAGUUACUGUGUCGCCAAGAUACCCAGUCCCUUAGAUGUAGUCUGCAUCCCAAAUUACAUCCUAUUACCUAUUUCAGAGUUUCUUAAACUAUGGGUUGGGACGCAAAAUGGGGCCUGGGCAUGUGAGAGGUGAGUAGCAUUAUAGAAUACAUCUAUAAUCACACACAAUUUCUUCUUAAUAUGAGUCGUUGGAGGACGAUUUGGUUCACGGGAUGAUGGUACAUUUUUUAUUUGGGUCUCGAGCUGAAAAAGUUUAAGAACCCCUGCCUUAUAUAAUGCACUACUUGAGCAGGACCCACAAAGUGCUCUUGUCAAAAGUAGUUCACUAUGUAGGGAAUAGGGUGUUAUUUUGGAUACAGACAGUCUUAAAGGUACAAUGCUGAUAUUUUUAAAACCUUAAUAUCAUAUAAUUUCUGGGUAACAAUAAAAUACCUUACUGUUAUUGUUUUCAAUUAAAAUGGUAAAAAAUAAACAAAAAUUGCUUCUUAGCAAAGAGCAAUUUCUCAAGCAAGAAUUUUGCUAUGGCAAGUGGUCUUGGGAGUGGUCUGAGUGGGGAGGGGAAAACUGAAAACUAGCUGUUAUUGGCAGAGAGGUUUGGAACUCUCUUUCUUAUUGGUCUAUUUCCUCAUUUAACGCCUGGUGUUGUCAAUAGGCAGGCCAAAACUCCAUUCCACCAAAACAGGCUGAAAUUUCAGGUGGCCUUUUCAAACUGCUCUUACACUAAAAGGGCAUUAUCAUAAUUUACACAGUCACAGUAUUAUUCCAACCUCAUAGUAUGGAAAUAUAUAUAAAACACAGGAAAUCACAUGUUUUACUGUACUGGGCCUUUAAAGCAGGGGUGCACAACUAAAGUCCUGGAUGGCUGCUGUGAAGGCUGACUUUCCUCCUUGCCUUUUAGUCAGAGAUUGACCAGUGUAGCUGCUGUAGGUGCACUGUCUGGCCAAUCAGUGACAGUAGUUGAUCAAUUAAGUGCCAGGAUGGAAGGAAAACCAGCAGGACUUCAUCCCUAGUGGACUGGAGUUGUUCACACUUGUCUUUCUGUAUCCUGCACUGUAACAGAAAACUGUAAUUUAUUCAGUCAUUUUGAGUAUUAGUAAAAUACUCUGAAACUUUUUACUACAGCAUACUGUAUAUUAUGGUACAUUGUGGGAAAACGUUUUGGUCGGAGAAGUCAUUGCUUUAUUUUGAAUGGUACUGUAAUUCCACCCCACAGAAUACAGCACCAUACCGUAUCUUUUGAUGGCCAAAAACCUUUUGACCACUAAUGGGUGCAUGGUAUUGUUGUGCAUCUCAAAAAUGAUAUUUUUGUUUUUGUUUCGCUGUUGAAUCAGUCCCUAAAUGUUCUGCAUGUCAGCAUUCAAGUUUUCAAGAUAUUGAAAACGCAUCAUACUGUGACACUUUCGGUAUUUUGAAAGUUCUUUAUCUUGAAAACUUGAUUGCUGACAUGCAAAAAAAUAAGGGACUGUAUCAUCGGUGGACUAAUGAAAAACAUACAUUAAUGUAAUAUUCCCUUUAACAUAUUUUGAGGCUUGCACCUGCAUGUGAGAAUGCUGUACCAAUUUGACUGCUAUGUGGUGAUAGUGACCCAUUCAUUCAUAAUGUAUAGUGGACAGAUUAGAGUGGCAGCAAGUCAAACCGUAAGUGGUUGAGCAUGUUGCCAGGUCCUUUUGGUCUGUUUUGUAGUCGCUGUCAGUUUGGAAACCUUGGUUAAGGCCUCUAGAUGGGCAAGUGAUACAAAACACAAAUAUUAAUAAAUAUGAUAUAAUGUGUAAACACUUUACAUAGCAGCCAACUUGGUUGCACCACUCCCUUGUAAUUACAGUAAAAUACUGUAAAGUACAAACCCCUCCCCUCAAUGAAUUUCAUUAAUCCAUUCAUUCAUUCUGAUUACGGUAGAAUUAACUUUUUUUGUAGUAUAAUAGGGUACAUUUUACGGUAUUGUACUGUAUGUGUCAUUACCAAGUACUUGCAUUGAUACCGUAUUUAUAUAAUAAUAGGUGUACUGUAAUAUGAAAUACAGAAUUAGACUUGCCACUGAGCUGCCUGUAAGUUACUGUCAAAUUCACAGCAACUCCUUUACAGUGUGGUGUGUUAUCCAACCGCUUUUUUUCACUGAACAUCAAUGGCAAUCAACUAGCCUUGGUGACAGUUUGUUUCUGCUCUCUUGCCAACUCUUUAUGGAAUUGUGGAGUUGGCAAGAGCACAGAUCAGUGACCAGGCUAGCAAUCAAUGUAUGUCACUCUCCAUAGCUGUGUUGAGGAACAGAUACACACUUCACACCUUUACCUGGAAACACAGAGGGUCAAUAUAAGUCUGAGUCGAUGUAGGCCUAUUAUAGUGUGGCUGAUAAUAGGACAUUACAAACAUACAUUAUUCUCUUUAGCUUACCAUAACAUAUUUACAAAAAUGAUGCUUGUAAAGGCUUUUAGAAUUCAAUGUGUGGUCAAUGCACGUACUGCACAGUAGCUUUCCAGCUGGCUUCAAAGACUUGUUAUCAAUUGUAAUUCUGUGAGGAGAACCCAUAGCUGUCACUGUUUUUACUGUCCAUCGUAAAACCUGCUGGACACACAGUUAUAAUCAGUGCUUUCAUUUAUUUAUCCUUCUAUUUCUGUAUUUAUUUUGUAUGUAUUGUUGUUACAUAGUCUUCUGCCACAGCCAAACUAUAUCAUUAAGUGUACUGUAUACAAACUGGUAGGUAGUAGUGAUUUCUGUUUGCAGUUUGUGUGUGCGUGCGUGACCGUGUGCCUGUGUGUUUUAGGAAAAAUUAAUGAGUGUGGCUGUGUGAGUACUUUCAAUCAUCUACCUUGGAUAAAAACAAAUGUGGCCUUUUAGUAUUUCCAACAUGGCCUCUUCUCCUUUGUGCUCACCUGCCUCAUUUAUUUCACAUUUAAUGAAUAUACUAUACAUGCAUUGUGUCUAUGUGAGUACUGUAUUAUACUGUACAUGUGUUUUGUAGUAGUAGUCCUGAUGAGUGUCUGCAUUUCUGCUAAACUGAAUAGAUCCUCUUUUCCUAGCCUUAAUAAGAAUAAUACAAGUGUGAUGUCAAAUAGCCAAUAACCUAAGUUGUGUUUUUAUACCCAGACCCUUACAUUUAGCUUUACCCAAACAAUAAACCCUUCCCUCAUUUCCAGCAGAUUGACAUUUCUUGUUUUGAAUCUUGCCCUGGAGGCAGAACUGAGUGGUUUCUGCUAGAUAGGCCAGCUGCAAAGUCAAAAUUGUCUAUGUUGUAGAAAUUUAUGAAAACAAACAUGUGAUUUUUGGUCUUAAUUUAAGGUUAUGGUUAUGCAUUAGGCUUAGCUAUGUGGUCAAGUUUAGGGUUAAGGUAAGUUUAAAAUCAGAUUUUAUGAAUUUGUGGCUGUGCCACCUAGUGACCAGUCUGCAGAGCUGCCUCCAGUACAUGAUUUAUGUCAAUAAAUACCAACCUGCUCAUUUCCACUUCUCAAGAGAAAUGAAAACAUAUAAUUCACAAAUUAAACACAGCCAAGAUAUGAUAUGUUAUGACCGAUGGAUACUGAAGCCAUGAUAGAUAGUCUGUCUGACUGGAUAAACAGCAAUAUUCUAUGAAACAGACAAAACAUCCAUAUUUCAUAUACCUGCUCCAGUAUAUGGGUUCCCUUUUAUAAGAAACUAGUGCACCUUUUUCACAUCCCUGAUAAGCUUAGGGAUCAUGUUAUUAUUGUCACUCCAUCCUUGGCUGAAGCAAAUUGUCCUUUACAUCGAGAAUGUCCUGUAAAUCCCAGUAAGGAUAAUCUCUUCUAUAUAUUAAGUGAAUAGUUACAUUGAUCCUUUAGCUACAAAUGACCUAGAAUCAGAAUAGUAAAAAUAUAUAAUUGUGCCAAAAACUGGCUGUAGUUUGUUUUGCACCGUCUAGAGUUUCUGCAUAGAAAAAUUAAGGUUCAGAAAAGUUGCAUGAAGACAUUGAAUUAUCUAUAUUUCUAUCAAUAAAGGUGUAUAUUGUCUAUGUUUAAGUGCAUCCUCAUAGCUUUGUCUGUGGGGUGCAAUGGGCCAACAAGUGCAAUAUUCUAUGAAUGAUUUCCUGUACAUAGUACUCCUAGUAGUUAUACCUGCAGUAGAGUGACUGUUCUAAUGUUCUUGUUGUACUGUAUGGCACUGCAAGCAUCACACACACUAAAUAUGUGCUUUAUCUGGGAUUCGCUGUGAGGUGAAGUGUGUGUGUGUGUGUGUGUGUGUGUGUGUGUGUGUGUGUGUGUGUGUGUGUGUGUGUGUGUGUGUGUGUGUGUGUGUGUGUGUGUGUGUGUGUGUGUGUGUGUGUGUGUGUGUGUGUGUGUUACUUAUUGUACGUGUUGACCUUUUCUACUGAUGUAUUCAUGUACUACUUACUAUAUACUGUUCUUGUUAGCUAACUGUUGGUGAACUCGUACUAUACGUCAAGAUGCAGUGUUGUGAAAGAUAGUCAGGGAAAUGAGUAUAUGCCAUAUGCCGUACUGAUAUUAAGUCUAUGUGAUAAAAAAGGGAAAUAUCUCAACUCAAACAUGAUGUCUGUGUGAGACAUUAUUAUUUACCUGUACAUCAAUAAUAGGCAUUAUCCUGCUGAGUUUGAGACCACUGACGUCGCUCCAUUCAAAUCCCCUGUCAUCUACUUCUUCAUCUGUGAUCAUGUACAGUAUAUUCAUGACUGCCACUGGCCGGUGAAAAGCCACUUCAACAUGUCAUUACUGAUGAAGGCUUAAGAUGAUAAUAAUGAAUAACAAUAAUAAUAAUUAUUAUUCAUUGUACUUAUGAAGUGCUUUUAAAGAACUUGAAGAGGCUUUACAUGAAACUAUAGUACACUCACGCUCUGGUCACCUCAUUAAAGUGUGGACUGAUAUUAAACUGGAUAUAUUAUUUGUACCUUUAAGUGCAAGCAAUGUACAAACUAUGUUUUUGAGAUGAUAGGAAAUAAACAAAUUGUACUCAU